UCAUAUCAAAAAAGCAGAAACCCCGAUUUAAAUUUCUGAUAUUUUCGUUUUAGCCGAAUGAGUAGUCGACAAUAUUAUUAUGGUUGUGUUUGUCAACGUGAAAACUAAUGAAAAAAGCUCCAACAUUUGCACAUUUACAAUUUGGAUAAACGAUAACAACGACUGUGAAACGGUUUUACGAAAAUUCAAAAAGUGUGAACAUCCCUAGUGCUUAUCAUAUGUGCCAGCUGAUUAAAGGCGGUUAAAAAUAUGUCUCAUCUUCCUGCGGAUAAAAAUAACGAUAAAAUAACAUACAAAUAAUGACAGAUAUCGAAGAUAUAAAUGCAAGUGAUUGCUGUGGAAAUGGCUGUGCAAAUUGUGUGCUAGAUGUUAAAGUAAAACAUUCCAAAGUCUGUGAUAAAACCGGAAAAACAAAUGUACUCCUUCAAUACACCUAUUUUCGUUUGUUGGAAAAGAAACCUCAUUCUGAUGGAGACAGCGCUGUCUGGGAGUUCCAUUUCAAGUCUGCGCAAGCGGAGAUAGGCGAAACAGAAUAUAUUCUUGAUUUAAGUCCAGGCUAUCAUUUAAUGCUUCGUACUCCAUACGCCACGGCGGCACAAGGAUGUGUUGAAAACGAAGUUGAAAUGAAACGGAAAUAUUUACUAAGGCCUUACUCACCAUACUGGUGGGAUGUGGAGAAAAUGGAAUUUAAAAUACUCGUUAAUUUAAAAUAUCAUGGACCUAUGACAGCUGUUCUACGUAACUUGCAAAACGACAAUGAAGUGGAAUUUCGUGGACCUAUAGGAAAAUUUGAGUUUACACCAGAUAAUAAAGGUGAUAAUGUUAUCUUGAUAAUAAAUCAAGGGGUUGCCAUUGCCGCCACAAUACCAAUAAUUGAAAAUAUUCUAAAAAAUGAUGAGGACCUAACACGCAUUGUUCACUUGUCCUGUUUUGAAAAUAUUAAUCAUAUAUAUUUUCGAAAAGAAAUUAAUGAUUUUCAAAAAUAUUGGAAUUACAAAGCCCACAUAUAUGUGGCCCAUGAAUUGUGCGAGGAUUGUAAGCCGCUCUCUGCAUGUUCGCAUCUAUGUAAAAAUUUUAGAAAUAAAUUAAAAUAUAAAGAACCAAUACAACCUGGUCGCCUAGAUGAUAUGGAAUUAAAUAAAGUACUGGCGACAUAUGGAAAUGAUGUACCACAUUUGCAAGUGGUAUUAGCUGGAACUGGAAAUUUCCAACAGCAUUUUAAAGAUCUGUUAUCUUGUGAUUCGUAUGGUAUAAAUAAAAAUAAUAUUUAUUUGUUAUAAAUAAUACAACUUAA